GAAGGAAGAGCUGAGGAUAGUGGUUGCUUCAGAGAAGAGCCUUGAACCCCUCUAGGUCACCAAAGGCAAAAAAACAGGUCCUACUGGAACUCAGUUCUUUUCCUGUCACCAUGAAGCCUCCCCUCACCCUUAAUCUCUUCUUGGCCCUCCUCACUGUGACAGGAGCUCAGAUAAUCAGAGAAAAUUCCCUCUCCUGUUUCGACUGCAAGUCUGGGGGGAGGUGCUCUCAUGUGCCGCAGGUCUGCCGCUCUACUCAGGAUGCCUGCAUCUUUGUCUCAGAGCACAACACCCUUGGAGCUGAAAGUACCGGCACGUAUCAGUCCUGUACCAAUUCGAAGAAAAGCUUCACUGGCUUUGUGGGUCUUUACUUUGGGGAGGCCACAAUGGUGGAAAUCAAGUCAGAGAUUUGCAACACUGAUGACUGUAACGCACAGUUGACGUGGUCCAAUUCAGCAAUCAACAGUGUUCCUAAUGGCCUUCAUUGCCCCACAUGCUAUGCCCCGGGGUUUAGUACCUGCGAGAGCACUGGGAACCUCCGCUGCAAGGGAGGGGCCGACCAAUGUAUCUAUGCAGUUGGGAAGAUUUCUCAAGGAGGUGUUGCCAUUCCCUUCGCUGCCCAUGGUUGUGCUACACAGACUGCCUGCCACCUGACCACCCUGGAGGCCGGCGUGUUCACCUACAACCUGACCCGGCAGGACUGCAGCCCAGCGCCCCGUGCACCAGCCAGUGGAAGCCUCUGGGUGACAGGCUGUGCCCCCUUAUUCCUCCCCAGCCUCUUUGUCCUUCUGCUGCAUUAACUGCCCGCUUGGUAUCUCCGGGGCAUCAGGCCUCAAUCGCACUGGGAUCUGUGGAGAGCUGACACCCCCCCCCUUGCCUCCACCCUUUGCCUCAGUUUCCCACCUGAGGAAAAAGUAGGAUGCAAGUACCAUAUUUUCUUGUAUACAACAUGCUCCUGAAUAUGAUCCACACUUAUUUCAUUUUGCUUUUAUUUAAUUCCAUUUCAUUAAAUUCUAUCUUAAUUCCAUGGUUAAUUAAUUGAAGGUAAAUUUAAUGAACAGUUACAGUAAUUUGAAUGUAGUUAAUUAAAAACUGAAUUAGUUGAAAAAUCCAUUAAUUUGA